AUGAACCAACAUUUCCUUGCAAAAUAUGCGGACGAAGAUUUAUUCAAGCCAGUUUGCGAUACCUCAACUGUAUCGGCUAUUAUACUUGCUGCACAAGAAUUGUUAGCAUUCCAGAUCAAGCAUGAGCCAGCUUGCAAGAAGCUGAGCAAACUCAACAGAAAACCAUUCGAUUCUGGAAAACAGCGUGCGACAGGUAGUGACAUCACGUAUGCAGACGUGAAACGUGCUCAGAAAGAACGAGAAAAGGUUGGUGGAGUGUACCCGCGACCUCAGACCAACUGGAAGGAGCGGCACGAAACAUUCAUUGAUGCAGUUUCUUCUUCGAAAAAAGUCGACUACGCCAUCAAAACUGGUGCCCCGCUACCUCCUCCACCUCGUACGGCAGUGCCAAGCGGUAAGCAAUAA